AAAUCCUAGGCUCACGUCCCAUAAUGCCCUUAAUUGAAGAACUCCCAGUCACGUCGACGAACAUCCGCGCCUCCCAUGGUUGGGCAUAUGUCCCCGACACGGCUGCGCCCAACCCCGCCGCCCAACUCGGCUCGCGCAAGCGUGGCCGUGAUGGCGCGCCCACGAUCACCGCUCAAGCCGCGCACAAACUCUCCGCCAAGCAAGAGAAGGCAAUACAGCAGCGUCUGAAUGAUCUGGGAAAGGAAAAUCAUCGAGAGGUGAAUAUUCUGAUACCAAAGCGAGAAGGCGCGGGCGCGGGCGCAAGAGGCAAGACGACACAGAACGUCAGGCGGAUCCUGGGCUAUAACAGGACGUUCCAGCACUACCUUGCGGACGAGGAAGCGGGCGUUAACGUUUAUGGAGCGGCGGCUACGAGCGCCGCGGGUCCGACAGGGACGAAGGGCGCCGCAGAGGCGAGGAGAAGAAGUGGCGCCGUGACGGCGACGGAGCAACAGAAGCCGAAGCGGAACGGGUCGCUGGGGAAGAAGGGAGGGAAAGGGAAACAGAAAGAGAAAGAGAAAGAGACGAAGGAGGGCGCAACCAUAACAGUUCAGACAGAAGAGGACGUGGAUAUGACCGAUGCCCCGGCUGGCCAGUCUUCGCCUUCGCGUCAGCAAGCAAAAUCAGAUGCAGGCGCCGAGUCUACAACAGAUGACGCCGCCGUCGACAAAGACCCGUUAUUACGGCCGCGCGACAUUCCCAAAAUGCCGUCGGACCGCGUGAUGCAAGCGCUCCUGGCCGAGCCGGCGCUGAGUUACACCGCGGCGAGGGCGAAGCCGUUAGAAGGUGCGGACAGUACGACUUUCGGAAUGCGCACGGGCAAUAAUAUGCUGCUCGCGAAGCCGCAGCGGUGGUUCUGCGCCGUGUGCGGCUACUGGGGGAAGGUGCGAUGUAAGCGUGGCUGUGGCGAGAGGGUGUGUGGUUUGAUGGAAUGCUGGAGAGGGCAUGAGGGUGUUUGUCCUUUGGCGGGAUAUUAGAAGGGCGUUUUACCGGGUGAGUGAAUGGCGCUGGUACUGCGUCGAUAUCUCUUACUUGAUUGCGGCUGAGAGGAGCGGGCAACGUGAGCAAAGACGAUGUGAGAGAGGAAGGGCAGGGAAGACCCGAGAUGGCGGUUUUUCGCCAUGCUGUAUUGAUGCGUUCAAGCGUGUUUAACUACGAUUUCCGGGCUUCAGGUUGCAUGAAGCAGAAAAGACUCGAUACCCC